AGAGAGAGAGAGAGAGAGGCGUGAACAUGGCCGCGGUGGUGUGCGGUGGAGGAGGAUGCGGGAGCGCGUGCUGGCAGGUGCUCCUGUUCGGCUCCACCGCGCUCGUGAUCCUGGCGGAGAGAGCAGCGCUGAUCUGCUGCUUUGCCUUCUACCUGUGGAAGGAGCAGUUGUUGUGGGCGGGGCUGACCUUUGCCCUGUUGUUGCCGGGGGCGAUCGUGCAGGUGCUGAGCUUUAUGUGGUACCGGGCGGAUGGAGAGCAGCGAACAUGUCACCUGCUCAUCAUACACACACUCCACCUGGGCAUCUUCAAAAGGUUGUGGGACUGCAGCGUGUGUGUGUGGCGUGCCCAGUCUCAGGCUCAGCAGGUGAUGCAGCAGGUGGACGCGGCGGCGUUGCGUUUGCUCGACGUUCUGCUCCUCACCCUCCCUCAGGCGCUCACACACACGUACGUUCUCACGGCAACCGAGUUCAGCCUCGCGUCACCAGUUGCACUGUGUAGCGGUGUGUGUGUGCUGUCCCUAUCCUGGGCGUUGGUGUUGUACAGUCGGGCGUGUUGUCUGGCGCGACCCGGUCACCUGCUCAUGCCCCCCGCUGCCCUGCUGUGCCAGCUGCUGUGGAGGGCGGGGCUACUGAGCGCUCGCUUCGCCAGCCUUGCCCUCUUCGCCCGCUCCUUCGGAUGCUGGGUCAUCGGCGUCGUGGGUUGCCAUUGGCUGAUUGCAGCGUUCUGGUUGGUCUCUCAGCAGACUGAUAUCUGCGUAGGCCAGUGGGCUUGGCGUGGGUUCAACCUCGUGCUGGGGGGCGUGCACGUCUUCCUGUUCCUGAACGUGAAGGACGGCCCGUCUCGGUACCGAAUGGCCGGCUUUUACACGGUCAUGCUGUUGGAGAAUGCCACGCUCGUCCUGGCUGCCUCCGACAUCCUCACUGAGGCAUCAUGGGAAAGCCUGACUGUCCCCACUGCUGUCCUGUGUAGUUUCCUGCUGGGUUUGACGUUUCUGCUGCUCUACUAUCGUUUCCUGCACCCGAAGUCCACAGAGAUCUCUCACACUCUGCAUCACGGAGCUCAGGCGGGCAGCGCGUGUCUUGAUCAGGGUGACUCAUCUUUCUCCCUGACUGACAAGAGCCUCGCUCUUCCCUCUCUCCGUCCUCCGCUCUCCUCAUCCCAUCCCUCCUUCUCGCUGCUGGAGCACCCGGGGAGCUGCGGGGCGAAGGCGGGCGCCGAGUGCCGCCACCACCACUGGCUCCUCCUGCGUCUGGCGCUGAAAACCGGAGACCCGAACAAAAUCGAGCGGGCGUUCGGCGCCGGAGGAGCGACGGGUAUCGUGAGCGAAGAGCAGGAGGACGACUCGGGAGAGAAAGGAGGAGGAGGAGGAGAGGGGUUGGACAUCAAGGACGAAGACGACACGCUGGCGCCGCUGUCCGACUGCAAGGACGAGUUUGAGAGCGUGAGCGAGGCGAGGGAAGACGUAGAGGAAGAGGAGGCGGAUGUGGACGUGGGUGAGGAAAUGGACAGCGUGGACUCGGAGUGGAAGCGCAGCUCUCCUGAGGGGAAGUCCGUGUUCGGAGACAGCCCCGAGCCCGAUUACUGCCCCACCGAGUCCAGCUCCACGCUGUACUUCAGCGCCGAUCCACAAUCCCCAAGCAGCGCCAGCGACCCCCGUCUGGACCGGAUGGAAGUUUCCGGAUCCCACCUGACAGGCCCACGCCGGCACCUCGUCCUCUCCGCACGAGGCCUGGAGGACGACACGGGAUUCUGACCAGGUUCAAACGUGGACUGAACUGAAUUUGUUUAAACGAAUUACGAGCAAACGCAAACCUUACAGCAAGCGUAGUCAAUUAGCCAAGACUUGGUACGAUUUGCUACGAGGUUAAUGUAGCUAAUAUCGGUCUCGCCCAAAAUCUUUCGUGUAAAUAUCCGCCUCAAACCCACGCCAAACGGGUGGAUUAGGACGCAAUGGGACUUUGUGUCAUCUACAAACGUAAACCAAACUUCACUGUGUAGCUGAAGCGUAAGGGCGGUCAUAUUGGAAGACCGGAAUCUUCUUUUUAACUCAGUGCACCGCACAUCAUGCCCCCUAAGCUCCGCCUCCCGAGUUUUGAAGGUCACGUGUGAUGAUAAACCUUAUGUCAGUUGAAGCUAUAAAACGUUGCACUGGUGCUGCUGGAAAAGAUUUUGGUGAGACUUCGAUUGCUUGUUAGCUACAUUAGCUUUGUAGCUUCAUUGCAGAACUAGCGAUACAUGUCUUAGUUGAUUGAUUAGGAUAUAUUCAUUUAUAAUUGGGGAACUUUUUUGGUGGAACGUUUCCUAAAAUUUACUGACACGAGUGAGCGUGUAAUGUGACGUCAUAUUUAUAGCAUCAUAAACGGUCUAUUGCUGUAUGGCUGUGAUGUUGGAAAUCUGUGUGUGUGUGUGUGUAUGUGUGUGUGCGGGAAUCAAAGCACAAACCACAGGCCCUUUUCGGUUCUGCUUGACUGAAUCUGAAACGAUAAGAUGCACUUUCCAAACCGUUUUUUUUUUUCUUCCAGAUUAAAAGACGCCUCUGCUUUCUAGCAGGUUCUGUGUUCACACUGGCAGCGAUUUUUAUUUAUUUAUUUUUUUUGCCUCGUAUUGCUCAAGUCGCUCUAGGUUCGUCACUAGAGGGCGUUUCUGUCUUGAGCUUGAGCCGGUUGCCAUGGUUACCCAGGCUAGCAUGAUUAUGGCCACGUGAAAAAAAAAAAAAAAAAAUACCACAAAUCAGAUGUCUUCCCUUGUCAGAGAAUUGAUUUUCCUUCACUCUGUCAGUAGUCAGCACCAAUCAAAUCACAUCGCUUCUCAUUUGCAUGAAAUGAAACUCCGCCCACCUCCGUUCGCCACCGAUCUCUCAGCCUCCUGCUGCUGUAAAUCACCAGCUUUCUUUGAAAAUAAAUGACUCCGGGCUGAUUUGACGCUUCUGUGUCUCUGACGUUAUGAACGAAAGUUGUACAGCGAAGUGACGUAUAGUCUUACGUAUAAUUUUAUCGUUAGCCUAAUUAUAUCGGCAGUUAGCCUGAUUUGUUAGCGGUUUUAUAAUCAGCAAUACAUUAGUCAGGGCCGACGCUUUGCUGUUCAAACCUCGUUAUAACUAAAAGGCAAGAAACAAAAGCCAAUACUCCUUUAUAAACACAAUAUUAAUAUUUAUAUAUUAAAUUCAAUUAAAUAUUAUGUAACAUACUCACAUUUCAGUGUUAGUUAAGCAGCCUGAAAUAUUCGAAUAUCAAACAGGUAUCUGCAUAAUCGCUGAAAUAUUCUGGGUCCAGUUACGUCAAACCAGUUCCAUAAUAGUACGUAGCUGUUUUUCGUCAAGUGCAAACACGCAAAAGCGGACAACCCGUGCUACUUUGAAAAACGCAAUCUGCCGUAGACGCUGUUAGUAAACAAAUGUAAAGCUUGCACCUUUUUUGCAUGUGUUAUCAAGUUUACACUUUUUUUUUUACACACACAAUGUAAAUAGCGUAGUGAAAAUACUCCAGUUGUAGAUCAUCCAGCUGAAAUUGUACAUCCGGAAACAAAACUAAAAGCCUUUCUGACGCACCGUCUAGUACAACGAAGCCAAGCACAGAGCUAUUUCAGAUUCAGUCUCAGCCUGCGGCGUCUCUGAUGCUGUUUUUAUCCCUGUUUAAAAAAAAAAAAAAAAAAAAAAAAAAUGCAUCUUGAAAUAGCUGCUCUGGAUUAGCGCUCCCCUAGAGCCACUCAAAUGGGACGUGUAUUUGAUUCUUUAUUUCAGGUGUAACUGGAUAUCUUCUGCUCUGAACUGAAUUUUGUAGCUUGCGCACACUGAGAUCCAGAGGUGUAAAGAAUUAUAUCUAGCUUUAAUAUCAAGCUGUAAUUGCAACAGUCCUGAAAGGCUUCUAGCAGUGACUUUUCCGUAAAAACACAUCAGCUCAGCUGUAAAUUUUCCUGGGUUUUCAGGAGUCAGAUCACUGUGUGGAAAAAACUGCAUUAUUCUUUUCUUUUCUUUACUCUAAAUGUCAAAAGUUGGAGUAAUUCUAGUCAAAAAAAGGCCUCAUGAACAGAAAUUAAUGUUAUGUUGUCACAAUGGGGGAGAAAUGAAUUUUAGAAAUUUAAAAAUAUAUUAGAAUAUUUCGUAUUUAAUUUACAAGAUUUCCUUGUUCUGAAGGGUGAUAUUCUCUACAUGCAUCCUGCUUAAAGCCAUGUGAACUAGACAGUGUACUCCUUUGACCUUUGACCUUUAGCGCGUCUCUGCGCAGGUCUGUUUUUACUCUGUGAUCCAUAAAAACUCUGUGAUUUAAUACAGAUUUGACGAAGGUCAGCCAUUAUUACAGGGCUAUAGUUACUGCUUGCUGUAAACGGGUAUUUGUGUAUUUACAGGUACAGUCGACUAGAAGCAGUGGAUUUCGCUCAGGUUUUGAAUGUAAAUAUCACUUCUAUCAGACAAAUAUCAUAACUUGCAAAAAAAAAAACAAAACAAAAAAAACCUGACAAGGCCGUUGAUGAGCUUUAUGUAACUCCUUGUUGUCUUUUGACAGCAGUUUAUUUUUGGGAAUGCUGUUCAAAUCACUCAAUUUAAACCUUUUUCAGAGUGGAUUGUAUAAGUUAUGGCGUCAUUCAGGGAACUCUCAUUGGACCGUUAAAAUUCAGUAAGUAAUCAGGGAACACUGGACCAUGUAAGUUAGUGAAUUCUUUCGGUAACUCUGAAUGGAUCUUACAUAUUACACAGUUAUUCAGGGAUCUCUGAUUUGCCUGUAAAUGUUAAACAUUUGCUAGCUGUUGGAGUAAGUUCCUAUUAGCUGUGCACACUGUUUGGGAUUUUUCACCCAUUCUUCCUGGCAGAUUUGCUCCAGGGUCUUCAGGUUGGUUGGAUGUUGUUUGUUGACUGCAAUUUUCAAAACAGUGCCACAGGUUCCCAAUGGGAUUCAGAUCUGGACAUUGACGUGGCCACUGUAGAACAUGGGUUAUUUUAUUUUUAACCGCUCCUGUGUGGCUUUGACCUUGAGUUUGGGACCGUUGUGUGACAUUUGAGCUGAAAGGUGACAUUUCUCCCAAGCUCUAGUUUCUUUAAAGGUUCUCUUGUAAUAUCCCCCUGUACUUUCCAGUCACUGUGAAUUUUGACAAGAAGCAUCUCCAGAGCACGAUGCUGCCACCACCAUGUUUCAUUAUAGGGAUAGUGUUAAUGGAGGUAUGGUUUGUGCCAGACAUAGCGCUUUGAAACUUCUCCUGAACAAAUAUCUCAAUCUUGGUCUCAUCACACCAAAAAAAAAAUAAAAUUGUAUCUUCACUGAGUCCCUCAGCUUUCAUAUGGCUCUUCUUGAGCAGCGGUUUCUUUCUAGCCAUGCCUCCCAUACAGUCCUUAAUUACACAGAGCUCUUGAAAUGGUUGUCUGAUGCACCUUCACUCCACUCUCAGCCACAGUACUGAGGCUCUGGACUCCUUCAGAAUCACUGUUGGCCUCGCUGUGGCUUCCCUCCCCAGUCUCUGUCUGGUUUUUGCGCUGAGUUUUGAGGGAAGGUCUUAUCUAGGUAGUGUUUACAUGGUGUGAUGCAGCUUCCACGUCCUCGCUAUUGAUCCAACAGUGCUUAAAGGGAUGUCCAACCUCUUGGCUAUAAUUUUACACAUUAUUACUGAGUUAUAAAAUUCUAUUACCUUAUCUUUAACUUCGAACUAUCAGACUGACCGUCUCUUCAAUAACAGUUCACCUGAGGUGGAUUAUUAUUAUUUUUUUCAGGAAAAGGGAGCUGAAGGCCAAUUAUAAGUCGAUGUGUCCAUGUUAAGACAAUAAGACAAAAAAAUCACACUGCUCUUUAUUGUCCAGUUUUCAGUCUUCUUUCUUCCUUGCUCAUCCCCUCCUCAGGACAAGCAUAAGAAAGAGACAUGACCAGAUGAGUUGUGGUGAUGAGCAUGCUUCUCUAAUAAAUUGUGAACGUAUAAACUGAAUAUGAUUUUUCUUGAUUAUUUAUUUUUUGAGUCUUAUUAGAUUGAUUAUUAACUAACAAGUAACAUUAUGAUAAUAUUUCUCCGUUGUGUUCAUUUGUCUGACAGAGCCCGAGUCAGAAGUCAGUAAUAAGUGCAAGAAUUCCAGCCAAAUCUAAAGUUAGAUCUGAUUUCCUGCAGAAUCUUGCAAACAAACUUUGUUCAAGCAAAACUGCUGAAAUGAAGCACUAAUUACCCCAGUACAAUUAAAAUAAAAUCCAACCACUGCUCGGUAAAUAUCCACUAGCUCGCUAGCUAUUAAUUAAUUAAUUAUGUAGGCAGUUAUGGGUAGAUGUGAAAAGUAAAGAGCAAAAAAUGUUGAGAUACAUAUUAUCCUUUUUUGGUCUUAAAGCAUAAACAGCUAAUGCAUAUCUCAUUUAUGGUUACAGUUGUUUUUUUUUUAGCCUAAAAGAAGGAAAAUCUGAAAGUAUGAAGGAAAGUGUCUAAAGCUGGUACCAGGGCUGUUCCCAAGAUACAGUUCAUAUUAUACAUUAUUAUAUAAAUUAUGGAAAUUUUUUAUUCCAAGUGGCUGGGUUCCACAAUCCUAUAUUACUGCUACACACAUGAUCAUCUCCUGGAAAAUCCUGAACCUAUAACAUAGAAAGUAAUUCACCUGUGGCAGGCCCUAAAGCUCUGAGAGGCUCGUGACGUGCAGGUCUAACAUGGAGAGGUGAAGAUGCUUCUCUAAUAAGCUACUCUCUGACCAACAACACCGACACUCACAUCAGAAAGAAGCUUUUCUUGCUGUUGGACAAAUAGAGGGAUAAAUAUAUCUAGAAAUAAAUAGAAAGGGGUAAAUAUAGGGAUUGCGAUUAAAAUGAUCCCGCUAACCUCCUUACAACUGCCGCGAUUUUUUUCUGCCACUGGACAAAUGGGAAAGAAGGAGAUAAAUGAAUACAAUUUUGUUAAAAAAAAAAUGUGACAAUUCUUGACAGUCCUCACUGACAACCGCUCUUCCAUUCUUUAAUGGAUAGAUCACAUUUCCCCUGAGACACGAGGGCAGAUUUAAGGCAUCUUUUACAUUUCUAGAGAUAUAUUCACUUUCUGAAACAGACCGGAGAGUUGUCUGUCAGCUCCUUCAUGUCUGUCCAAGAAAAAUGGUCAUGCCCAAUAAUGAAUUUUGACUUCACUGUAAGAGAACAUGAGACUGCAAUAAAAAUACUGACAGGAAGAAUAUGUGAUAUUUAUCAUUUGAAUACUGAACACUGGGGCUGAAUACUUUUGCAAGGUGCUGUAUGUUAUGAUCCGAAUUGAUGUGUUGGUAAAGAUUGUGUUAUAUCCUGUGGGAAAAGAGAUUUUACUUUUUUUCUUCGGUUUAAAGACACGUCAGGAAGUGCUCGCUGUUUGUUAUUGUCUCACGUUCCUAGCACAGGUUCAUUUCCAAACUGUACAUAUUAUAUAUAUAUAUAUAUAUAUAUAUAUAUAUAUAGAGAGAGAGAGAGAGAGAUAGAGAGAGAGAGAGAGAGAGAGAUCACAACACUUUUUAAUAAAUAUAUAUAUGUGUAGAGAUUAGGCCAUUUUGGUUGUAUAUUGCUAAUAAAAAAAAUGUAAAAAAACUAUUCUAAAUGACUGUACAUGGUCAGUAUGGUGGCAGACUGGGUCACGCAGGUUUUGCAGUUAUUCAGGGACUUUGAUUGGACAGUGUAAGUUACACAUUCGGUUAGAGAUGUCUGAUUGGUCCAUAUAAGUUACAGAGUCUUUCACGGAUCUUUGAUUGGACUGUAAAAGUUAUAUUUUCAGUUAGGGAACACUGUUUUGGCUGUGGAAGUUACAGAAUUCUUCAGGGAACACUGAUUGGGCCGGAUUGGAUGUUAGUCAUACAGUAAAUCGGCAGCUCUGAUUGGACCUUGGAAAUUAUGCAAUAAACUCUGACAGAUGUACAGUGUAUGGUCAUUGUUAUUUGAAUCAUUUCCACGCUGAUGUGUUUUGCCACUGUAACUUAUACAACCACUCACCACUGUUAGUUAUAUUAACUCUCUGUGACAUUGUUUUAUUUCCUCUUUUGUACUGCUGAAUAUUUACAGAUUGUACAGAUUACAUCUGCCUCGCAAAAGACUGACCACGUUUUGCUGCUGUUUUUAACGCGCCCUUGUCGCCUUUUCCUUUUUCACAAAUGUGCGUAAAGCAGAAGUCAACGUGAAUGUGAAGAAAAUCUUCCUAACAGAAGAGGAACUAGCUACUGGUAGCUGUCAUUUUUGCUUCACAUGAACUUCACAUGACAUAUUCGAAUGCCCCAGAUUUUUCGACCAAAGGGAAGUGUUAGCUAACUCGCUAAACUUAGCUGUUCAGCUGACUUUAGAGGAGUUUUAGUGGUUCCUAGCAAACAUAAAUAGCUAACUAGCUGAUUAGCUGUUAAAUAGUUAACGUGCACCAGUCAAACUCGGUUUCUAAUUUAAAUAAUAAACAAUGUCAGCUAGUGUUUAUUACCUAGCAUCACUCGUUUACUUAUAGUAGGGAACAAUGCUAAAGCUAUGUAGCAGAAGAGGAGAUUAUUAUUUUUUGUUUGUUUUGCAUCCUUUCAAAUUUGUUCGGCUGAUAGUUUAAAAGAAAUACAGUUUGUCUGUUCAAACAAGGGUGUGUUAAAACCAGUUGUUGAUUGAUUGAUGUUUACAAGGACUACAUGAUACAGGAAUGUACAUGUGUGUGUGUGUGUGUGUGUGUGUGUGUGUGUGUGUGAAGAUCCUGAGCAUGGAGUGACACUGACCAGCCACUGUUGCUUCAUUUCUUUAUUCUUUGACUGAGAUAUGUAGGAAAGAAACAUGUUCCAUGAGUAAAUAAUUAUCAGUACUUAGUUGCAUGCAGUGUUUUUGCUUAAAUAAACUGAUUAUAUGGGAAGGCUGGCGCUGAGGACGUGCUUUGAGUAUUGUGCCAGAAGGAUGGAUUUUAAAAUCUGUACAUCGAGGCCCUGAUUUACUAAGAUCCCAGAUAACAAGAGGUAAUUUACGUGUGUAAUGGGAGAAAUUGUUUGCACACAAUAGUGGACGUGUUGUGGGUGAGUGAUAAAGAAUCACGACAUCAUGUGAAAAGUAGAGGGAGAAACAGGAUAUAAAUUAGAGUUUUGUUGUCAACGUGUGUGGUGAGUUUACACCUUUAACACCAUGUUCACGUUAGCAAGUGACAAAGCCAACACUGAUUUUCUAUGUACGUACACGAAUUCAGCGACAUUUGAAUCUAGAUUUUUUAAUUUUAUGCAAAUUUGGUAUGAAACGAUAAAGCGACAAAUCCAGACAAUUGGCUCGAUUGGUUCUUUGGACCAAACCUAAGGCGCGUGUGGUCCAACGUUUUUCAGUUCCGCACUUUAGUUUUUAGCUCCAAUUAGUUCCCAUUUCCUGUUUGAUGCACAAAACUGUAAGCGUGGUUUCAUUUUAUCUUGUCACAAUGACCUCUCAUUAAAUGUGUAUAUAGCGACAUUAUGAAAAAAAAUAAAGCUUGGAAAGGAAGGAGAUCGUCGAUGCUUUUUGUGAGUGUACAUAGCUAGUACAUUUGUCUUUCUUCAUUAAUGCAACAUGAGUAGCUUGUACGAUGUUGAGCAAGUAACAUGUUGAUGAAGCUUAAAUACGUUUUCAACAAAAUGGUGUGCAUAUAGUGGGCUGUAGGCUAUACAUUUUGGCUACUACUAUUUCUCAUUGGAACUGAAAAAAAAAACUGAACAGGCCACGCCCACAAGAGACGAGCUACAAUCGACACAUGCGAUUGUAA